AUGGAUUAUGAAAACGGAGAAAUAAUAGCUCCUAAAUCCACCACUUUAUGGGAUAGACUUACACCACGACAAAAAAAGUAUGUGUUCACGUGUGUCUUGGUUUUUUUGAUCGCUAUCGCAACCGCUGCAAUUAUCGUUUAUGCCUACUCUGAAUCAGCACAAGAACGACGUGAAAAACGGCGUAAAGAACAACGUAUAGAAAACUAUGCACCGGAUAUUAUAAUACCAUCUAUGGAUUUCACAGUCCUUAAUUUAACCGAGACUAGUCUUAGUGUUAAAUGGGAUUUAGUGAUCAGGCUUCCUUCAGAUCUUCCUGGUUACUAUAUGUGUCUCAAAGGAGAUUUGCAGACUUUCAUACUUUACAAAGGUGUUACCAUUGCUAAUUCAUCCUUAGACAGUUACAAUCUGAUACCAAAUUGGCCUCAGCUGCUUAAUACCUCAUCGGUAAUUGCUUCUGAGGGAGAUAUGGACAGUGUUGUUGUGAAAGACAUUAUGGACGAUAUAAAGGAAAGAAGAGACAUGCGGUUCGGAUCGAGGUUGCUUCUUCCGGAUUGUAGAUCUGGGAGGAAGAUGAACUAUACGUGUGAUGAAACUGCGGUUCGGUUUGAGCCUGGCUCUCAAAGGAAGGCAACUGCGUUUGAAAACGCCGCUCCUAUAUGCCACUAUAUUCACACUUAAGUAAAAUUUUCAUCAAUAAUGAUUUUUAUGUUUUAGUUUGCAUAUGUUGGAUCUUCUUCUUUUGCCUUUUGAUAUCGUAGGAAAGAACUUAAACAACACAAUGCGCUUUUGUUUUUUUUUCCUUUGGCUUCAAUGGAAUAUACUUUGUUCUAAUGUAUUAUUAUUUUCGUUAAUAAUUAUACUCUCAUAGUAAGAUACUAUUUUUU